AUGGAACGCACUGCAGCUCCAAGGAGCCGUUUGCAAUUCCUAGCAGACGCUCUUGCUGGGCAAGCUAGCCGGGGACACGCACCUGGUAGUUACACUAUGGUUCUGGCCACGGGACGAGCUGAAGUGAGUAACACGGUAACGCCUAAUGCAGGCCCCCAAAGCAAACUGCGUGUUGACGAGCAUGCCGAUUGCUCGCCAAAGCCGUGCCUCUAUCUGGGUUCAGGGUCAUGGGCCAUCUACCGUGGAGUGGAGAUCACCUGUCGGUGGGAGGGGUGUUUCCAAAGUUGUGGGCGGCAUAACUUUGUCCGCCAUGUUCGUGAGAAGCACCUCGGACAUACAAGAGGAUCAGCGGCCGGUCGCCGACAACACGCUUCCUUUCAUGGAAUGGUUGAUGAUGCAGAGGGCUCAAAGGAACCUCAUACUAAGGAGCAUGCCGAUCGUGUGCAACAUUUGUGCCAGUAUCAGGAUCUUGAUAAGGGACUCUGUAUGCGGGAGAUCACCUACGCCACCGUUUCAAUGCACUUUGCGACCUAUCACGGAGUUAAAGCGAUGUCCCGCAGGCAGAUGGUUGCCUGCCUUUUUGGAAUGUUGCCAAACAAUACGGACAAGGGUGUUUUGGUUACUUUCUGGUCUAUCGAUGUGAAGUCGCUGCAAACCGUCAUUCACGUGGAUGCACAAGCCAAGGGACCAGUAGCCCUGGUCCGAAUAUCCUCAUCCAUAUACGAACGGGGAUCUCCCUCGUGCUGA